UUUUUUUUUCACAUAAAAUAAUAAUUGUUAAUUCUUCAAAAUUUAAAAAUGUACAAUUUCCUAACAUAAAAUCUAGAGAGAUAAUAAAGAGAUAACUUCAGGCGUAAGUAACAAAACUAGACUGAUAUGUUACAAGUUGUCUUGAAACCCACAGCAAAUUUUAAAAUGUCAACAAUAACGAAAACAACGUUAUUUCAACGAUGGGGGAAGUAUUGGAAGAACCUUUAUAUAGAUUAUAAAGAAUCAGCAUUAGGUGCUGCGAAAGAUUGUAAGGAACAUCCUGUAAGAACAUCUAUUUAUUUUUCUCUUUUAGCAUCUUGUGUGUACCUGCACAAACAUAAUCCAGAUGAAUGUUCCUUCAAAGAACAUUUAUUACAAAAUACCAUGAAAAUAAUGCAAGUGGGAAAAACUGUACGUAAUUCAAUGUGUGAAAAUUAUGUAGAAUGGUUAGGACGAUGUUACAAUGAAGGAAUUGUACGACGGAUGAAUUUAGGUAUAAUUUCUUUAAUUUGGUUAGAUGAUUAUGACAAAAUGUGUUCUUCAUAUAAAACUGUUUGUCCUUACUUAAAAAUACGAUAUUUAACAUUUUAUAAAAGAGUAAUAGAUAUUGGAUUUUUGGACACAUGGUGGAUUUUAGAAAACAAAAUGAAAGAUUAUGAUGUAAAUGAAGCAGAAUUUAGCAAUGUAACAAAUGAAUAAAGUAGCUAAUUCAAAAUAAA